AGCAACUGAGCUCUCAUGAUGGGUUUAACCUCAUGAAAUCUCUGACGAACGCAGCGGGCUAAGAGGCGAUGACAUCGCCGCUGCUCGCCCAGCUGGAAUCGGGUCGAUUCACCUUGGCUUCUGAGAGGACUGGCGCUCCAGCGCAACAGGCUCCAGCCAGUCCCAUCUACACUCAGGAGGAGCUCCUUGGUGCAGACAGUCCCGCACAGCCUUCACCAGGCACAGGAGACGCCCGAGGUUCCAGCAAUAGGUCCAGCGCCUUGGAUUCGGACUGCCUUUUGGACUCCGAAGAGGCAGAAUAUUUGGCGAAUCGAGUAGCCGCUGGCGAGGCAUCUGAGGAUUCCUUGGAAGAGGCUGCCUAUUUGCUUCUGUCGGCCCUUCCCUCCUCCCUGGACCCGGACGCCUUCGCCAUUCCGCCCCCCAUCAGCUGGGCACCGGUUGCCGGGGCCCCCGCCACGGACCGUGCGGAGGAGGGGGCCGUGGCCGGCGGCCACGGGGUGCCGUUGCGGCUUGUGGCGCGGCACCCGGACGUGGCCUGGGAGGGGGAUGGGCAGCUGCAGCUGCUGAUUGGCGCGGCGAAACGGACCGGAGACCCUAAGGAUGUGUGGUGAGCCCAAGAAGGGUUUGCGACAGAAAACUGAAUGAAUUUGAAAGGCUGAGGAUGGUUGAGGAUGGUUGAGGUGGA